UGUGGAGUUGGUUAUAAUAAAACUUUAGUUCAUUUUCUCUUACUUUAAUAACACAGGUUGUCCUUGUAAGAUCAUGAGCCAGAUGAGAAUCAAGUGUGAUAGACCACAAAGCCAAACCGGCCUUCGAAGCACUUACAAAAUACAAAACAGUACAAAACCAAUCCAAAUGCAAAAAUCCUUCCUCCCUGACCUCUGUUUUUAUUGUAAAAUACCUGCGGUUUAAAAACGGUCAAAAUCAUUGGCUGUCUGCCCUGCUGCGUACGUUUCCGGUUUAAGGUACUGUCCAAUGGCGGCCGUUUUUUUUUUUUACCCCAGACGUGACAGUGGCGCUCUACCGUUGUGCUCUCUGACCCCAGUGGCAGCUAGAGCUCAUUGCACUCGUAUCUCUCGGGCUCCCCCUCUUCCCCCAUCGACGCUGCUCUGCCUCCUACCUCCCUCCUUCUUCGUCUGUCGCAUUUCACUGGGAGUGCUGGUGUAGAAAGACCCUGGGGGUCGAAGGUUCUGCCCUGCCCGACACGACCUCAACCUUUCGCGGCUUCCUAAAUAUCCGAUGACCGUCGUCUAUGACAGUUCAGCGGACGACCCCCGAGCGAUUUUGGGCCAGAAGAGAAGAAACAACGUUGGUGUCCUCAUAGGUGGUGGUGACUCAGAUCAAAGCUUUGCGUGUUGACUUGAAAGAUGCUAGCUCACCGGAUCAGCUCUGUUCCUCUGUGACCCGCUCAUGUCCCAACCAGAGGUGCCAUGGCUCGCAGAAUUUCUUCUCAGGGGAAGGUCACCAUCUCCGUGGAUGAGUACAGCUCCAACCCGACCCAGGCCUUUACCCAUUACAACAUCAACCAAAGCCGUUUUCAGCCCCCACAUGUUCACAUGGUAGAGCCACUUCCCUACGAUGCGCCAAAACCCGUGGGUCACACACGAUUCGUCUGCGUCUCUGACACUCACUCGAGGACAGAUAAUAUCCAGAUGCCUUUUGGUGAUGUGUUGCUUCACACAGGUGACUUCACUGAGCUUGGCCUCCCGUCUGAAGUGAAGAAGUUUAAUGACUGGUUAGGCACUCUUCCCUUUGAGUACAAAGUUGUUAUCUCUGGAAACCAUGAACUUACGUUCGAUAAAGACUUUAUGUCGGAACUCAUAAAGCAGGAUUACUACCGUUUCCCGUCAGUGUCCAAACUGAGGCCUGAGGAUUUCGACGAAGUUCAGUCCCUCCUUACAAACUGUGUGUAUUUACAGGACUCCGAGGUCACCAUUAAAGGCUUCCGGAUAUAUGGAACUCCUUGGACCCCGUGGUUUAAUGGAUGGGGCUUUAACUUACCUCGUGGCCAGUCCCUACUCGAUAAGUGGAACCAGAUCCCUGAAGAUAUAGAUAUUCUUAUGACACACGGGCCUCCUCUGGGGUUCAGAGAUUGGGUUCCAAAAGAGCUCCAGAGAGUCGGAUGCGUGGAGCUUCUCAACACUGUACAGAAGAGGGUGCGACCCAAACUUCACGCAUAUGGAGGAAUCCAUGAAGGGUAUGGCAUAAUGACAGAUGGCUACACAACAUUUAUCAACUCCUCCACAUGUACAGUCAGUUUCCAGCCCACCAAUCCACCAAUCGUAUUUGAUCUGCCCAACCCAGGAAACUCCUGAGACUCAAAAGCCCGCCCCCUUUUUUCUACAUGACAGCUUCAUUAAAAUGAAUGGUCUUUUUGUACUGCUUGUAUUUAAAAAUGCAUGGAAAUCGAAUAUUUUUUACAGUCGGAAUGAAGCCCAUGGCAUUCGAAUGUCUAUCGGUGGGCGAAGAACUUGUGACUUCUUUGUAAUUCGUUUGCAUCCGUUGCCUUCUGUAAUUGCUUUAUUUUGGUCAGGAUUAUAAAAGUGCAUUUAUAAAGGUACUUGAAGUGUCUGCAGUACCUGACCAUGCUUAUGGUUUAAUAUUAAUUGUGCUUUGUAAAUUUAUUAUAACGUUAUUUAAGGUCAUGGACUCAAUACCUUGUGUGGUGUUUUGGAUGUAUCGGGGCAAAUUCAUACAUCAUUUUCAAUCCUAAAGGUCUGAUAUUUAUGAUCAAUCAGACUUUAUUUUUAAUUCGCUUUAACUUUGUCUUACAUGCCAUCAAACACCAUAGCAUAUGCAUUUGUGCUCUCAGCAUAUAACAGAGAGGUACAGUGUAUGUAAAAAAAUAUGUAAGCUAUUGUGGCUUUUAAUAUGAGGUUGUUGCGAAUGGACUUUUUACAUUAUCGCUGUUUGUGUUCUCGAGGCUAAAUUUGCAGUCUUGAUCAUAUUAAAAGAGGACAAGUUGUCUCGAUGUGACCGGCUGAUUGGUCUUAUCCCUGAAUAUAUAUGUGAAAAUAUUUAAACAGUUUCUAAAUUCCGUAAAUCUGAUAAGUUCUGUUAAGAACCAAAUAACGCUUAUCCUGGGUUUGCUAUACCUGUAUUAUUCCAUUGGUUUCGAAGCUGAAAAUAAAAUAACACUCGAAGCCAAUGGUUUUGCUUUUUUUUUCCACGUAACUGCCAUUUUUACUUGUAUUGUGUUACUGUGCGUGUUGUAUAUUGCACUGUGUGGAUAUGCAUAGUUGGCUCAAAAAAAGAAAAGAAAAAAAAACAUGUAAUUUCUGCUUUGUACAUGCUUUCUUUAUGUUUUGUGACUUUUUUAUCCAUCGUGACAUUUAGCCAAGUUUAUAUGCAAAUAAAAUGCAAGAUUUUUA